AUGCUCUCUACCUUGUCUCUGUUCUCCUCAGCACUGCUGGCGUCCACUGCUUUGGCAUGGCCAAGCGCAGUUCCUGCCUCUUUCGUUCAGAACACGACCGUCUUCGUACCACCAGCAAACUGGCCAGACAAGGGAGGAAGCUAUGCUCGCUCUGUCAUGCUCAAUCAGGACUGUGAGCAAGGUACACCCACCAUCUUGGCCACUGCUGCCUACAACGCUCCUGAUGGUCAAUACUUUUUGAUCCAUAAGAGCACCGAUUACGGAGCCACCUGGUCGGAUCUCUCCAAGGCAUACUUCAAUGGCAAUGCCAGCGUCACAGGGGGCAUUAUUCUGCAACCAUUCCUUUACGAACUAAGCCAGCCGUUUGGAAAGUACCAACCUGGAACCAUUCUAUUGUCUGGUAACCGUAUACCUGGGGACUUUUCGAGCACCAACAUUCAGUUGUAUGCCAGUACGGAUAAGGGUGUAUCCUGGGAGUACGUCUCGACGGUAGCCUACGGUGGUCCACCCAACACAGACAACGGCGCACCUUGUGUAUGGGAGCCUUUUAUUCUUGCAUACGAUAACCAGGUAAAUGUGUUCUACUCGGACCAGCGCGAUCCCGCAUAUGGCCAAAAGCUCGCCCAUCAGUCCAGUGGGGACUUGACAUCCUGGGGUGAUGUAGUCAACGACGUCGCCUAUGCAAACUACACCCAGCGCCCCGGCAUGAUCACCAUGGCUCAAAUCGGCAAUGGAAAGUGGAUGUGUUCCUACGAAGUCGGUCUCUGGCCAGACGAAUCCGCACCUUACGCUACCCACUACAAGAUCGCAGACUCACCUCUUGAGUUUGGCUCUGUUGGCGACAACGAGUUGAAGACUCCUGAAGGCAUCUCCAGUGCUGGACCUUACACUGUCUGGACUCCUGCUGGUGGCCCCUCAGGUACGAUCGUUGUGAGUGACUCUACAUACGAUCAAUUUUUCCUCAACACACAGAAUGGCGAUCCCGGCGCUUGGAAGAACGUCAGUAGCCAAGGUCAUGGCGUUGGAUACACUCGCUCUUUGAGAGUCUUGCCUGGAAACGGCGGAAAGACUGUACAAGUCUACAAUGGUGGCAUGUACGGAUCGAACAUGACCGAAUUCACUGUUGGUGACUUCAUUGUGCCGGGACCUGCUGGUCAUGGCCCUGGAGCUCAAGGUUUCCCUGCUUGCAAUCACAACAGCGGUGGCUACGGGCAUGGCUGGGGAUGGGGUAGCCCUUGGUGGUGA